GCGGUGAGGGCACCGAGCCUCUCUGCCUUCCUCCCGAAUCACGGCCCAUCCCAGGAGACAGGCGAGCGGAGCUGCUUUCAAUACCUCUGUCCUCACCAUCAACGUUUCGCCAUCCUUAAGGGCCCUGAGGUCACCGCUGCUGGAGAGAACAUGACUUCUGCAACGUCACCUAUCAUUUUGAAAUGGGAUCCCAAAAGUCUGGAAAUCAGGACAUUGACAGUAGAAAGACUAUUGGAGCCACUUGUUACACAGGUGACGACCCUUGUCAACACAAGCAACAAAGGACCAUCUGGUAAAAAGAAAGGUAGAUCUAAGAAGGCCCACGUCUUAGCUGCCUCCGUAGAACAGGCAACUCAAAACUUCCUGGAUAAAGGUGAACAGAUUGCUAAAGAAAGUCAAGAUCUCAAAGAAGAAUUGGUUGCAGCAGUAGAAGAUGUACGCAAACAAGGUGAUACAAUGAGAAUCGCCUCAUCUGAGUUUGCCGAUGACCCGUGCUCUUCGGUGAAACGGGGCACCAUGGUGCGGGCGGCCCGAGCCCUUCUCUCCGCUGUGACCCGCUUACUCAUCUUGGCCGACAUGGCUGACGUCAUGAGGCUUCUAUCCCACCUGAAAAUUGUAGAAGAAGCUUUGGAAGCUGUGAAAAAUGCGACAAACGAGCAAGAUCUGGCCAACAGAUUUAAAGAAUUCGGAAAAGAGAUGGUGAAACUUAACUAUGUCGCCGCUAGAAGACAACAGGAGCUGAAAGAUCCUCACUGUAGGGAUGAAAUGGCCGCUGCCAGGGGCGCUCUGAAGAAGAACGCCACCAUGCUUUACACGGCAUCCCAGGCCUUCCUCCGCCAUCCGGACGUCGCGGCCACGCGGGCCAACAGAGAUUACGUGUUUAAACAGGUCCAGGAAGCGAUUGCUGGCAUCUCCAACGCCGCUCAGGCCACCUCCCCUACCGACGAAAACAAAGGGCACACUGGCAUCGGGGAAUUGGCUGCGGCACUGAACGAGUUCGAUAACAAGAUUAUUUUGGACCCCAUGACCUUCAGUGAAGCGCGAUUCAGACCGUCUCUCGAAGAGAGGCUGGAGAGCAUUAUCAGCGGAGCAGCCCUGAUGGCCGAUUCGUCGUGCACCCGCGAUGACCGGCGGGAGAGAAUCGUAGCUGAAUGCAAUGCCGUCCGUCAGGCCCUCCAGGAUCUGCUCAGCGAGUACAUGAAUAAUACUGGAAGGAAGGAAAAAGGUGAUCCGCUGAACAUUGCUAUCGACAAGAUGACUAAGAAGACCAGAGACCUCCGAAGACAGCUUCGGAAGGCGGUGAUGGAUCACAUAUCUGAUUCAUUUCUGGAGACCAACGUCCCCCUGUUAGUUCUCAUCGAAGCGGCGAAGAGUGGGAAUGAAAAAGAAGUGAAGGAAUAUGCUCAAGUCUUCCGUGAACACGCCAACAAGUUAGUGGAGGUUGCCAAUCUGGCUUGUUCCAUCUCCAAUAAUGAAGAAGGUGUGAAGCUGGUGCGUAUGGCAGCAACCCAGAUUGACAGUCUCUGUCCCCAGGUAAUAAACGCCGCGCUCACACUGGCUGCGAGGCCUCAGAGUAAAGUUGCCCAGGAUAACAUGGAUGUCUUCAAAGAUCAGUGGGAAAAGCAAGUCCGAGUUCUGACUGAGGCUGUAGAUGACAUCACUUCAGUGGACGACUUCCUCUCCGUCUCAGAAAACCAUAUCCUGGAGGAUGUGAAUAAAUGUGUGAUCGCUCUCCAGGAGGGAGAUGUUGACACAUUGGACCGAACCGCAGGUGCCAUCCGUGGCCGUGCCGCCAGGGUUAUCCACAUUAUUAAUGCUGAGAUGGAAAACUACGAGGCUGGAGUUUACACCGAGAAAGUGCUGGAAGCUACCAAGUUGCUCUCGGAGACAGUUAUGCCACGUUUUGCUGAACAAGUGGAAGUUGCCAUUGAAGCCCUCAGCGCAAAUGUUCCCCAGCCAUUUGAAGAGAAUGAAUUCAUAGAUGCUUCCCGCUUGGUAUACGAUGGAGUUCGUGACAUCAGGAAAGCAGUGCUGAUGAUCAGGACCCCAGAAGAAUUGGAGGAUGAUUCAGACUUUGAACAGGAAGAUUAUGAUGUUCGCAGCCGGACAAGUGUACAAACAGAGGAUGACCAGCUCAUAGCUGGACAGAGUGCAAGGGCAAUCAUGGCUCAACUACCCCAGGAGGAGAAGGCAAAAAUCGCUGAGCAGGUGGAGAUAUUUCACCAAGAAAAGAGUAAACUGGAUGCCGAGGUGGCCAAAUGGGAUGACAGUGGCAACGAUAUCAUUGUGUUGGCCAAGCAGAUGUGUAUGAUAAUGAUGGAAAUGACAGACUUCACUCGAGGCAAAGGACCAUUGAAAAAUACAUCCGAUGUCAUUAAUGCAGCCAAGAAGAUUGCAGAAGCUGGUUCCAGGAUGGACAAAUUAGCCCGAGCUGUGGCUGAUCAGUGUCCAGAUUCAGCUUGUAAGCAAGAUCUAUUAGCCUAUCUCCAACGGAUUGCCCUAUAUUGCCACCAGCUCAAUAUCUGUAGCAAGGUGAAGGCGGAAGUGCAGAACUUGGGAGGAGAACUAAUUGUAUCUGGGACUGGAGUUCAGAGCACUUUCACUACCUUUUAUGAGGUAGAGUGUGAUGUCAUAGAUGGGGGCAGGGCUAAUCAGCUUUCUACCCAUCUACCCACCUGUGCUGAGGGAAAUCCGCUCGGGAGUGGAAGCAGUGACUCUUCCAUGCUGGACAGUGCCACAUCGCUCAUCCAGGCUGCUAAAAACCUGAUGAAUGCCGUCGUCCUCACGGUAAAAGCAUCCUACGUGGCCUCCACUAAGUAUCAGAAGGUCUACGGGACGGCAGCCGUGAACUCACCCGUCGUGUCUUGGAAAAUGAAGGCUCCGGAGAAGAAACCUCUAGUCAAGAGAGAGAAGCCGGAGGAGUAUCAAACAAGAGUUAGAAGAGGCUCUCAGAAGAAACACAUUUCCCCAGUACAGGCUUUAAGUGAAUUUAAAGCUAUGGAUUCCUUCUAGAACACUAGGCUUUCCCAAGAGGGGUUUUUUAUUCGGUUUUGUAUGCAUACCUGCCGACUUGUAUGUGUCUGGCAUGGGGAGAAUAACGAAGCCGGGUCAGUGU